ACUAUUAGUGUGCUAUGGUGUUCAUGUCACGUCUUGUAUCAGUUGAGAAACAUAUAAAUGUAUUUUUGAGGGGUUCAGCUCUCUCUAGUGAGAGAAAGGUAGAACAGACCUCUAAAAAUAACCCAGAAUUUAACACCCAACUCCAACCGUUCGUCAGCCCAAAGCAGUCGACUCAGCUCAGCACGGACUCCUGAUCUGACCUGAACACAAAAAAAUAGAGAAAGAGACAGAUAUUGAAGUCAGAAGUGAUACGGAGACAACCUCCAGCUGUUGAUUUACACCUAAAAUGAGACGUAGUUCAGCAUUCGGCCUGGUUUUCAUCUACGCUUCUGCCUUUGGGCCUUGUUUAUACCCUCUCAUGCUGUUUUAAUCGAACGCGUGUUUGAAGAUGACCUCAAGGAGGAAGUUUGGAGUGAAGUCUGAGGUUUCUGAAGAGAAAGAGGAAUAUGUGACACCAAACGGCUACGAGCUGGAGAAACACCUGACGCACGGCAGCGUCGCCUACACACACGUCAAUGAGGUCUGGCCUAACGUCUACAUAGGGAACGAAGAAACAGCAAAGGACCGAUACAAGCUGAAGACGAUGGGCAUCACACACAUCCUGAACGCAGCCGAGGGCGAGUGGAACAGUGUGGACACCGGCGCUGAAUACUACAGAGACAUGGACGUGCAUUACUACGGGAUCACGGCGGAAGAUGUUCCCACGUUCAACCUCAGCCAGUUCUUCUAUCCUGCCGCAGAACACAUCCACCAGACCCUCAGAAACCCCCAGAAUAAGCUUCUGAUCCACUGCGUGAUGGGCCGCAGUCGCUCCGCCACACUCUUCUUGGCCUACUUGAUGAUCUACGAGCACAUGACGGUUGUAGACGCCAUCGAGCAGGUCAAACGCAGACGCCGCAUCAUCCCAAACUGGGGCUUUCUGAAGCAGCUGAGAGAGCUGGACACACACCUGCUGGAGCAGAGAAGAGCUCAAAACACACUUAAACACUAAAAACACUUAUUGAGAGAAGAGCUAUUUCUCUUUACAUUUCUGGGUGUAGACAAUGGCAGCCAGUGAAUAGUGUUUAAGUUUGAGGUAUGUCUAGUUUUAGUUCUGUGCAAGGAUUGGUGCAUUUGUGCAUCACACACACACACACACACACACACACACACACACACACACACACACACACACACACAUAUAUAGAAGAACUCUUGUCUAUACUUGAAAACAAUAACUAACAAACACAAACAACAAAAACACUAAAUUAAUACAACUUUAAUAUGAAGAAUACAGCUAAAACGAAUUAAAAAUACUGAUACUAAAACAACAACGACACAACUUUGGAACAGUUAAAAUGUUUUUAUUAAACUGGUCAGUUGAACAGUCCUGUUUCAUAAGCAGAAAGAGCAAGAGGAAAACAUUUCCCACUUCAGAUACAGCUUAUGUGUAUUUAGAGACUUUUGUGCGUUUAAGAUACAAUUUGGUAUUUCAAAGUAACAAUAAAUACCUGAAAGAUGUCAA